GCAGUCGCGCACGCUCUCCAGCCGAGCAGCUACUCCGUCGUGGCGAAAUCCUCAAACGCUGCUGAUACACCCGCACUCCAACAUCCUACAGUAUUAAAACCGCUCCCAAAAGCAACACCACAACCACCUUCCCAAGCCCAGUCCCCCCUCCAAAACCCACCCGUGCCUCUCCACUAUACAUCACAGUCCCAUUCCCACUCCCACCUCCCACAUCUUUCCCCUCCCUUCCCAUUACACCUAACAGCCAACCCCCCUUCCAAACCCUCCCCCCUCUUCUUCACAACUGGAAUUUCCCAUGCCUGA